UUUUAAAAUACGAUAAUACAAAAUCCUUUCUCCUUUUUUUUUUUUUUCUUUCUAUUUAAAUUUUCCUGUUAGCUCUGCCAAGUCUUUGCAGGUGCAUUCCUCUGUGGUCGCAGCUUUGAUCUCAAAGGGUUCUCCAUUUCAUAGUGGUUUCGACAAUCUAGCUUGGUUUUUGGAUUUCUAUUUUCAAAAUGUCGUCAAUCGAAAUGCUUACGUUGCAAGUAUAAUAGAAAAUGGCAACAGAAUCAUCAGAGGGAGAAGAAGAAGGGAAGAUUACAGGAGGGAAUCAGCACCUGGUUGUAGAUGAUGAUCUCAGAGAAAUGGGAAAAAAGGCUGCUUGGAGUGUAAGCUCUUGCAAGCCUGGCAAUGGCGUCUCUUCUCUCCGCGACGACAAUCUAGAUUCCUUUUGGCAGUCGGAUGGUGCGCAACCUCAUUUGGUGAACAUUCAAUUCCAAAAGAAAGUAAAGCUGCAAAAAGUGGUUGUCUUUUCUUUGGAGUUGAAGUUGGUUCUGCUCUAUGUGGAUUUCAAGCUUGACGAGAGCUAUACCCCAAGUAAGAUUUCUAUCCGCGCUGGUGAUGGAUUUCACAACUUAAAGGAGAUCAAGACUGUGGAGCUUGUCAAGCCAACUGGAUGGGUUUACCUAUCCUUAUCUGGAAAUGAUCCUAGGGAAACUUUUGUGAAUACAUUUAUGUUACAAAUUGCUGUGCUGUCAAACCAUCUUAAUGGAAGGGAUACUCAUGUUCGGCAGAUCAAAGUUUAUGGGCCUCGAUUGAAUCCUAUUCCUCAUCAGCCUUUUCAAUUUACUUCAAGAGAGUUUAUCACAUACUCUUCUGUGAGAUGAGCAAUGUGAUCUGGCAAAAAAGAAAAAAAUAGAAUCCUACUGAAAGUGUAUGAAGCCUGCAGCUGAAAGUAGACAAGACCAUCCAAGAACCAUAAGUUUUACCCGUUAUCUACUACCUUAUGCAAUUAGUCAAAAGAUAUGUAAACCUUUCUGAUGCACACGUUCUUGCCAAGGAAGUGUCAGGUGACAGUGAAAAGGCAUUAAUGGAUUCUGAACUUACCAUAA